AUGUCGAAUCAGGUGGUGAAAGUUAGGACAGAGACAAUUGCGGCAUGCAUGACAUGCCCGCUCUGCAACAAGCUUUUCAGAGAUGCCACGACUAUUUCGGAGUGUCUUCAUACGUUUUGCUGGCAGUGCAUAUAUAAGAAGAUCUCCGAUGAGGAAGUGGAAUGCUGUCCAAUAUGCAAUAUUGAUUUAGGCUGUGUACCAUUGGAGAAGUUGAGGCCAGACAACAACUUGCAAGAUGUUAGAGCCAAGAUCUUCCCUUUCAAAAGAAGAAAGGUGGAGGCACCUGAAGUUGUGCCUUCUGUUUCAUUACCGGUGAAAAGAAAGGAGAGAUCACUCUCAUCUUUGGUGGUUAGCACCCCUAGAGUAUCAUCCAAGUCUGCCUUGACCAAACGAAGAUCAAAAUCUAUUGCCAGGAAAGCUUUAAGAUGUACCAGGUUUUCCAUUGAGAAACUGGUUAAGAAAGAGGAAAAUUCUGUGGAAGAUCAUCCAGAGAGCUCUAGCUCACCUGAGACUCUGAACAAGUUCACUCAGAAUACAAGGCAGAAUUCCUUUACUGCUGAGCCCUCUAGCCACCCUGUACCUGAUAAGGCGACAGGGAAUUGUGAAGUAGCAUGGGAAGGGAAAGCUGACCUGUGGAAACCUUUAACUUGUUUGGUGGAAGUUGCAAAUAGGAGUAAGUCCUCAAAGUUCACUUCACAAGGAUCUGCUGCUAAAUUAGAACCUCUACAUGCCCUUGACAGCGAAGGACACGUAUGUAAAACCAAAGUUAAGGGACAUGGACAAAAAUUGAAAGUUCAAGAUGAUAAGGUAAUCACUGAUCCUACCCCUCCAGAAUCAGAAAAACAUAUAAAGUUCCGAAGGAUUCGCCAGAAAAAGGCAGCUUGUUUUGGGGAGUCAGGUGUUUCACCCCAAGAUGCGCUUGAUGCUGCCAGUGCUAAACACGAAAGAAGACUCUAUCCAAUUUGGUUCUCGUUAGUGGCUUCCAAAGAACAGGAAGGAAGUGCACCGUUGCCCCAGAUAUCUGCAAGCUACUUGAGAAUAAAGGAUGGGAGUAUGCCUGUCUCUUUCAUCCAAAAGUACGUGAUGAGGAAACUAGAUCUUACAAGUGAAGAUGAGAUUGAAAUUAAAUGUAUGGGUGAGACGGUGGUGCCCACGCUGCAACUGAAUAAUCUAGUUGAUUUGUGGCUAGAAUCUGCUUCGACUCCACAUAGAGUGCCAGUAACAAUCAGCUCAUCAGCAAAGGAUUUUGUGAUGGUAUUGGCGUAUGCCCGCAAGGUUCCAGCCCCAUGAACGUACUUCUUCCAUUCUUUUAGGCUCACAUAUCUUGAUUAGUCUAUGCUGUCUUUAGAUCUCAAACAAAGUUAACAUAGUUCCUGAUCGAGCAUGCCUCACAAUAGCAUA